AUCUCUUGUUAUGCAUAAAAUUUCUAUAAAUAAUCCUCAUCCCCGACUUCUGUGCUCCUCACCCUCAUUAUUAACAGGGAGAGACGAGAAGAAUUCGUCAAGUCUGUCUGUGUGGUGAGAGAGAGUGUGUGUGUGUGUGUGUGUUGGGUACAGGUUAGAUUUGUUUGGCAGGUGAGGUGUAGUGGCAUCGUCGGCCGUUCGAUCGAUCAUUAUCUUUUCUCAUUACCUUUGGCUCCUCCUCCUCUUCACAUCACCAGAUCAGUUCAGAUCAGAUUUCUUUGAAGCUGCCAAUGGAUGUCUUUGGUAAAUCCAUCCUGUCUGCUCCUGCCAAUGUUGUUUAUCUCUCCACUAUUCUUGGCCUCGAUGGCCCAAUUCCUGUCCACAAAUGUGACUGCAAGUGUCAGAAUGAACAUGUCCUUGCCAACAUGUACCGCUGCAGCCUCACUGGUCUCACUCACAUCUGUGACAAGAACUGUAACCAGAGAAUUUUGUAUGACAACCAUUCCUCCCUUUGUUGCGCAAGCGGCCGGAUUUUCCCCCUUUCCCCAGCUGAGGACCAGGCUGUCAGAGGAGUUCGCAGGAAGCUCGAUGCUGAGAAUAGCAGUGCUCCCACUGAUAGCUGUUCUUUCAAGCGCAGGCGUGAUGCACAGUUUCAUCCUUCUCCUUUCGAGAGAUCUUUCUCUGCUGUCAGUCCAAUCUGCAGCCAAGUUGGAGAUGGCAUGGAUAUGAGCUAGAUAUAAUCUAUCGUAUAGCUGAAAUAACCCUUUCUCUUUUUAUUCGUGACGUUUAUUUGAAGUUUCUCCUUUUAAUGUUUCUCGGAAUGGAUACGGAUGUCUUUGAACUCAAUAUGGGUACUACAAUGGUGGACCAUAAGUGUCCCCCUCUAUGGAGGAACUUAAUAUUUAUUUUUCAUAUGUAAUGCAAUGUAGCGGUUCCAAUAGCAUAGCUUGACUUUCGAUAGGAGAUCUUGAACUUGCUCCAUUCACUCACUUAUGAAGCUAGAGUUUAGUUCAUUUUCAUUCAAGCUCUCCUAUUCCUUUUGAAUUCAAACUAACUUCUGGUGCUUUCAGGUCUUUUGCAAGACUUUUAUAUCUAUAGGGUGUUAUCAACUUUUAGCGAUUUGAUUUACUUCUUAAUGCAAUUAUUUUGUGUCUACCGUGUUUUGAUCUGCUUUUUGUGGAUGUGCUUAUUUUGUGCCUUUUAAGUUUUAGAAACACAAAUUCGUUGAGAUACGUUUAAUACUAGCUGACUUCAUUACGUUUGUGUUGAGUGUACUAACCUUCAUAAAUCUGUGUGUGUAAGUUUAUGAAAAAGAUUUAUCUGCUAUUUUUUGCCCUUCAUGUUUUCGGUGGUGGUUGUAUUUGGGUGCUGCUGGUUAUGCAGCAUAGUUUUUAUCAGGGCUUUUCUGCAUUGUUCUGUGCUCAAACUUACCUGCUGCUAUGCUUUAUUUUGUCUGGUUUAUUGCAGGUUGAAGACCAAUAUUGCGUUGAUUCCUUGCUUUUAUUUGUUGUUGUUUACUCAGUCUUGCUUUCCUAAUUAGAUUUGAUGUAUGGUUUCCUUAAGUAACUUCUAAUUUUGCAGGGAUUGGAGUGUAUACAAUCCAGGAGACGUUAAAUAUACUUCUCUGUUAUCAUUAAUGAAUUAUUGUUUUUGAGAAUUUUGUUGAUAAUGUAAAGUUCAAAGAGUUUAUUUUAUCUUUUACAGGAGUUUCUCCUUUCUUGCUGUAGUGAUUGAUGUGGCAUGGAACUGCUGCUGAUGGAUUGAGAAGAUAGUGCAUUUACCUGCAGUUCACUUCUAUGUUGUUGAAGGUCUGAAUUCCAGACUAAUCUUGACUGCUGGUUUAUUUUUUAACUUGCCAUUGUCUCUGCUUUAUGAUGCAGAUGGAACCUGAUUGAUGGAAUUACUAUUGCAUUGUGAAUUGCAGAGGCAAAAGGAAUUUCCUUAUUUUUAUGGCGAGCUUGAAGCCUUGAAGAGCAGAGCAGCUACAUAUAAGUUGUCAGAAUUGCUGGCUUCAACCUCUGGAAUCUGUUAAGGCCAAGCAAAGCUCGUCUUCAGCCUUUGGAAUCAAUAGAGUCCACACAGCGCUACGCCUAUCUCGGUUGCUAUUGGUGUAAGAGGGAGUUAAGUUUUGUAUCUGACCUGUUCUGAAGCUCCUGAAUAAGUACGCUGUUAUAAAUUCUGGCUCAUAGCCUCCCCUUUCUGGUCUAAAACUUCCCUGUUCUCCAGCAUUUAUCCAAACAGCGAAAAUUUGAUCCCUGUGGAUUUAAUGUGGGAGUAGAUUUAGUUUGUUGGGGUUUAUUUUGGAUACAUGCAUUAGCACUUGUAUCCUCGUCAUAUUCUAAUAAAAAGUAAGAAAUAAUGCUUC